ACGGGCGUACGGAUACCUAUACCGGCUAUACCGCCAUUUUAAAUAUUUUAAUCAAUAAUAUUUCAUUUCCAAUGAUUUGAAUUUUCCAUGUGACCAUAAUAUCUAAAUCUAAUAUUUUUUGUCAAUUUUCAGAAUUUUCAAUUUUGUUUAUAAAUUAUUUCAACACUGCUAUUUUACUAAACAGUUCACUGGACUUUAAAGUUGUAUUAGUUUAUUCUAUCUUGUUUGUAUAGUUUAUUGUGGACUUACCAAACUUUGUUUUAUGUCUGGAAUUCUGGUACUUAAAUUGUGUUCCGUGUGCCUUGAGUUUUAAAUCCGUGUCUGCUACUAUUUAGAUUUCUCCGUUGUUGUUUACCGUAUAUUAGUGUGCCGUGUGACUGUGUCUUCUAUUGUCCCAGUCGGAUAUUACUAUAAUUAUUCUUUGUAGGUAAUAGAUAUAUCUUUUAUUAUUGUCAACAGUUUGUUCAUAAGUGAGUGUGGAUCAUUAUAAGUGGUCCUUAUUUGAAAACUAAUAAGUGCACAAUAUUUUAAAUUAUGAAUUCGUUACCUUUUAAACUGGCAUGACUACCUUUAUUAAGAAAUCUGUUAAAUCGUACAUAUAAAUAAGGAACUACAAUUUUCAUGGAUAUAUUUUGUUCAAAACAUUCUGACUGUGAAGCACCAAUAUCAGUUAUUACAGAGAUCUUAUCUGAAAAUGACCCUAUAAAGUUUGAAAAAAUCUCCAAUGAAUUUGAACUUUUAGGAUUUACAAAAGUAAAGGAUUUGGCGCGAGCAACUCUUGGAAAAGCCAGCUCAAUGAAAUUGUGUGGCGAUUCUCUAACACUUCUUUAUGGAGCUAUUGAGAUUUAUAGCAAACACUUAGAUAAUCUUUUAAAAUCUGCAAAAUUGGAAAAUCAAAAUGGAAAUUUCAUCAAAGCUCAACUAAUAUGUGAAGAAUUACUGACACAUAAUCCGACUGAUUUAAAUGUUAUGUUGCUUAAUGCCAGAUCAUUUUUCAACUGUGAAAAUUAUGAAAAAUGCAUUGAUAGUUUAGAAAGAGCAAAAAAUAUUAAUCCCGAUUGUUUUGAAGUUAUAAAUAACUUGGCAUUAGUUUAUUGGAAAAAAUCCGAAAAUGAUUUAGCAAAACAAUAUUUAUUUGAARCUUGUGAAUUAAAACCUUUUUGUGUUGACACAUGGACGAAUUAUGCCGAUCUAUUAUUUAUUACAAAUGACCUAAAUUCAGCUGAAUUGGCUUAUGAACGAGUUUUAAGUCUAAACCCCGAAUUAUAUAAAGUACGUAAUGUGUUUGGAAAACUGCUAUUAAAAUUAAACAAAAUAAAAUAUGCCAAAAAGCAAUUUAAGAUUGCCCUCAACAGUGCAACAGAAUGUCCAGAAACUUUAAAUAAUUUAGGAGAUGUUUAUUAUAUGAAUGGUAAAUUUGAAAAAGCUAUUUCUAACUAUGAAAAAGCUUUAGAAAUUAAUUCUGAUCUGAAGAAUACUCAUAUCAGUUUGGGAAUGGCUUAUCUAAAAGUCAAAAAAUUACAAAAAGCCGUUGAUAAAUUUCUAAAAGCACUAGAAUUAGAAUCAGAAAAUGUGUUUGUUUUAAAAAAUUUAGCAGUUACGUACUGUCAUCAAGAAAAUAUGAUAUCGUCUGUUGAAGUAUUCCAAAAGUGCUUGAAACUUCAACCUGAAAACUAUGACUUUAAUUUAAAUUUGGCUUUGAUAUAUUUAUAUAACCUUAAAAAUCACCAAGAAGCUAUAAUAUAUUUUAAAAARUGUAUUCAGCUAAAUCCUGAAAAUAAAGACUUGUACAAGAAUCUUUUUACCGCAUACCAGAAGUCUAAUGAUUAUCUAAAUGCAUCUGAGACUUGCAUGUCAUUGGGUGAUUUAUAUCUGGAAAGCGAAGAUCUAGAAAAUGCGAGAAACGCAUUUAUUUGCGCAAUUCUUUUGAAUCCUGGGAAUGCAUAUGGUCAUUGGAAAGUGGGCUUGACUAUGUAUAAUCUAGGCCAUUUUGAAUUGGCUUUAAUCAGGUAUAGAAAAGCUAUUGAGUUGAAACCAAGCUUUGCCAAUGCUUACUGUGAUAGUGCAAUAAUUUAUGAAGAAUAUGGUCUUUCCGAAAAAGCUAUAGAAUAUUAUAAAAUGGCUAUCCAACUGCAACCAGACCAUUUAAAUGCUUUGAUUAAUUUAACAUAUCUUAAACAAAAAUUGGGUCAACUUGAUGAUAUUAUCGACAUGUAUCAAAGAAUUUUACAAAUUGACGAAUCAGAUGCUUUUGAUAUACAUUUUAAUUUAGCAAAUAUUUUGUACAAAGAAAAUGGAAAUUUUAAAGAUGCUCUUAUGCAUUGUGAGAAAGCUUUGGAAUAUGACAAUACAUCUGUCAAUGUUUAUAUGUAUAUGGGAAAUAUAUAUAUAGAUUUAAACAUGAGUAAAGAUGCAUUACAUUGUUUUUAUAUGGCAAUUCAGCAUGAUCCACAGUGUUUAGAAGCUUACAUUUAUGUAGGUUCCAUAGAAAAAGAUAAUGAGAAUUUCACUGAAGCAAUCCGUGCUUAUGAAUUUGUAUUAAAAUUAAAACCAGAUCUUCAAGACGUAUAUUGUAAUUUAGUACAAUGUUUACAAAAAAUUUGUGACUGGUCUAACUAUGAUUCUCACUUGAUUAAGUUAAAAGAAAUAGUUAAUAAACAACUCAGUGAUGAUGAAGUCUUAUCCUUAUUGCCUCAUGAUUCGUUGAUGUUUCCAUUAUCAUUAGAAGUACAAACUAAAAUUGCUUCUAAAUAUGCAAACCAUUGUGUUGAAAAAUUGAAAAAUUCUAUUAAAGAGCCUAAACAAUUCAGUCAUCCAACAUCUUUAAUAUCUUCCAAUGGAAAUCUCAGGAUUGGUUUUAUAUCAACCAACUUUGGUAAACAUCCAAUUACAACAAUUAUGGAAACCUUAUCAAGUAUAAAUGACUACCAAAUAGAUGUCAUUUGUUAUUCUAUAUCGUCAAAUGAUAAUAUUCCAUCCURGUUUCAUCUCUUUGAACACCACAGAAAUUUGUCUCAACUCAAGGUAAUUGAUGCUGCUAAAGUUAUAAAUAAUGAUGGAAUYCAUAUAUUGGUUGACAUGAGUGGUUAUACAAAGGGUGCCCAAACUGAAAUAUUUGCUUUGAGACCAGCUCCAAUUCAAGUUUCUUGGCUUGGUUAUCUUAGUACUAGUGGUGCGACAUUUAUGGAUUACUUGAUUACAGAUAAAAUAUGUUCUCCGCCUGAAUUUAAAAAUUUAUAUACUGAAAAAUUGGUGUAUACAAAUCAAACUAUUUUUGUUGGCGAUCACAAACAGAAGUUUUCUUAUAUACAACAGCAACCCAAAGUAGUCACAGAUACAAAUAAUAUUAUGCAUAAAGGGAUUUAUCUUAAUGGAAACAAUGUUAAUGAAUUAUCAUCAGUUGAAACCAAGUACAUUGAAAAAGAACUCGCAGCAUCUGUGAAAUCUUCCUCUAGACUAACAUUCAACUUACCAGAAAACGUGGUUGUUUUUUGCAAUUUCAGUAAACUGUAUAAAAUAGACCCAUAUACUUUAYGUAUGUGGCUAACUAUUUUAGAUAAUGUUCCUAACUCUGUAUUAUGGCUUCUACAUUUGAAUGAUGUUGCUGAAAACAACUUAAGAAAAUUUGCUGAUGGUUUAAAUUUUGAUACAUCACGCAUAAUUUUUGCUGAAUUUAUUCCUAAAUAUCAACACAUGAAUAGAAUCCAGUUGGCUGAUAUAUAUUUGGAUACACGUUUGUGCAAUGGACAUACAGCUUGCUUGGAUGCAUUAUGGGCUGGAGUUCCAGUAAUAACAUUACCCGGAGAUACAUAUGCAUCUCGUGUAACUUUUUCGCAACUAACUACUUUAGGAAUUAUUGAUACUAUUGCUCAUAAUGAAGAGAAUUAUAUUGAAAUUGCAAUACAAUUGGGGUUAAACAAACUCAUUUUAGAAAAUAUCAGAAAAAAUAUUAGGGAACUUAAAAUGCAUAGUUAUCUGUUUGAUAUGAAUGCUUAUGCGACAGAAAUUAUUUUAAUCUUAAAAAAUAUGUGGAAUAACUAAUCUGUAGAACCGGCUCAAGCAAAACUAGUGCACUAGGCAAAAUCUGAUUUUGUUGCCCCUAAAAUAAUGAUAUCACCAUUUUAAAAAUGCCCCUCCCUACUAAUUUGCUAUUCUAAUGUGCCUAUGUUGCCUACUUUCUUGAGCCGAGCCUACUACUCUGUUUUUCAUGGAUUAGGCAAAUAGAAGUGUAUUUUUAUUUAAAAAUCAGUUGUUUAAGUUAAUUAAUUCGAUUUUUUUUUGUAAAUAGGAUACAUAAUG